AUGCACCUUAGAAGAACGAUGAGUAGAGUGCCCACGUUGGCAUCCCUUGAAAUAAGAUAUGAAAAGACGUUCGGCCACAAACUUCGUGAUUUUAUUGCUCUAUGUGGCCACUAUUUUUCCCCAGUUAAAAAAUACGUCUUUCCCAGUUUUAUCGCAGUCCAUUAUUUCUAUACGAUAUCCCUCACAUUAAUAACCUCAAUUUUGUUAUACCCAAUUAAGAAUACCAGAUACAUCGACACAUUGUUUUUAGCAGCUGGUGCAGUCACUCAAGGUGGUCUAAAUACCGUGGAUAUCAAUAACUUAAGCUUAUAUCAACAGAUCGUUUUGUAUAUCGUAUGCUGUAUAUCAACGCCGAUUGCCGUUCAUAGUUGUUUGGCCUUCGUACGACUUUACUGGUUUGAACGUUACUUCGAUGGUAUCAGAGACUCUUCUAGGCGGAAUUUCAAGAUGAGAAGAACGAAGACAAUCCUAGAAAGGGAACUCACUGCUAGAACCAUGACCAAAAAUAAAACAGGAAAUAAAAGAGCCUCUUAUCCCAGCAAACAGGAUAAAACGGAUGAUUUCCAAGAAAAGUUGUUUAGUGGAGAAAUGGUAAAUAGAGAUGAGCAGGACUCAGUCCACAGUGGCCAUAAUUCCCCUGAUGCUAGUAAUAUUAAUCAUGAUGGCAGUAGUGGCAGUCUAGACGAUGUUGUUAAAGAAGACGAAACGGAUGGGAAUGGACAAUACCAAGAGAACAAUUCAUACUCAACUGUGGGUAGUUCGUCUAACACAGCUGCAGAUGAAAACAUAAGCCAAAAACCAGAACCCAGUAGUCUUCGAUUCGAUGACUCACAAAACAAAAGAGAACAAAAGACGGUCCCCUCCGAAAAAUUUGCGAAAAGAAGAGGUUCAAGAGAUAUUAGCCCAGCAGAUAUGUAUCGAUCCAUUAUGAUGCUGCAGGGGAAGCACGAGGGAACUACAGAAGACGAAGGUCCACCUUUAGUGAUUGGAUCUCCCACAGACGGGACAAGGCAUAUAAGUAAUGGCACCAAGUCAAAGACGUCCACCAUAACAAAUGGUAAUACAACCAUAAUUCAGGACAAGAGAAAUAAGAGCAGCACUGACGAAAACUCUGCAUUAAGUAGUUCAAAUACUUCUGGGAGCGUUUCUGAUGAAAAUUCAUUACCUACGAACCUCGGCGGUAGAACACCUUCGUUGAGCACAGAGAGGCACAAAUCAAAUUCAGGUCCAAUAGCUUUCACUGAUGAUAGAGUCACCGACAGAAAACAAGGACCAUCGAUCCAGUUUGAUAUAACUAAACCUCCAAGGAGAGCUCCUAAGAGGGUAUCUACCAUGAACGAUAUUAACCCAAGAUUAUCUACUCAUCGAAAAAGGUCUUCGAGAACAUACAUUAUGAAACAUUUUCCCAAAGCCCGGCGAAUACGGCAGCAAAUUAAGAGAAGGCUUUCUACGGGCUCGAUCGAUAAAAACAGUGACAACAAUGUUUCUGCUAGGACGGCCCUUUCUGAAAUAGAUGGUGAUGAAAAAGAUGGUGAUAACAACGAGGAAUACUUUGCUGACAAUGAAAGCGGUGAUGAAGAUGACCGAGUGCAGCAGUCUGAACUACACUCUGAUUCAGAACUCAAUUUGCACCAACCACAACAAGAAAAUCACCCAUGGCAGCAGAACCUACACCGCGUGUACAGGACAAAAUCUUUUGAUGAUAAUCGCUCGAGGGCUGUCCCCAUGGAGCGUUCCAGGACCAUUGAUAUGGCAGAAGCUAACGAUUUAAAUGAACUUGCAAGGACUCCCGAUUUUCAAAGAAUAGUUUAUCAAAACUGGAAAGCUCAUCACAGAAAAAAGACAAAUUUCAGAAGAAGGGGGUGGAAUGGUAAAAUGUUCGAACAUGGUGCUUAUGCCUCCGACAGCGAUCGCGAUUAUCCUGGUAAUCGUAAUGCUAGCAACAGUAUAGUUCACUACGCUGAAUCCAUUUUACAUCACGAUGAUUCUCAUAGAAAUGGAAGCGAGGAUAUUUCUUCUGGUUCUAACGAGACUGCCGAUCUCACAAAUGGAAAAGGUGAUCACACCGAUCUUAAUGGCUAUCCCGCUUACAAUGAUGAUGAAGAAGGCUAUUAUGGUUUGCAUUUUGAUACGGAUUAUAAUUUGGAUCCUCGUCAUGAUUUAUCCAAGGGUACCAGUAAAAAUUAUUUAUCGUGGCAACCAACCAUUGGUCGUAAUUCAAACUUCCUAGGGCUAACAAGGGCCCAAAAGGACGAAUUAGGUGGUGUUGAAUACAGGGCCAUCAAACUGCUAUGUACCAUACUAACUGUCUACUAUAUUGGAUGGCAUAUUGUCGGUUUUGUUAUGUUAGUACCUUGGAUUAUUCUGAGAAAGUAUUAUGGCGAAAUUGUUAGGGGCGAUGGUGUUUCUCCCACAUGGUGGGGGUUUUGGACAGCAAUGAGUUCGUUUAAUGAUCUGGGUUUGACAUUGACCCCGAACUCGAUGAUGUCGUUCGAUAAAGCUGCAUAUCCGUUAAUUGUUAUGAUUUGGUUCAUAAUUAUAGGAAAUACGGGGUUUCCUAUCCUUCUUAGAUGCAUUAUUUGGAUCAUGUUCAAACUGUCCCCUGAUUUAUCACAGAUGAGAGAGAGUCUAGGUUUCCUCUUAGACCAUCCGCGCCGUUGUUUUACUUUGCUAUUUCCCAAAGCAGCGACAUGGUGGCUUCUCUUGACACUUGCAGGACUAAAUAUAACAGAUUGGAUCUUAUUUAUAAUUCUGGACUUUGGUUCAACUGUCGUGAAGUCAUUAUCAAAAGGUUAUAGGGUUCUUGUUGGUUUGUUCCAAUCUGUUAGCACAAGAACAGCUGGCUUCAGCGUUGUUGAUUUGAGUCAGUUGCACCCCUCCAUUCAAGUCUCCUACAUGCUUAUGAUGUAUGUCUCUGUUUUACCAUUAGCCAUUUCUAUCAGGCGAACAAAUGUGUACGAGGAGCAAUCUUUAGGGUUAUAUGGAGAUAUGGGGGGUGAACCCGAAGAUACAGAUACCGAAGAAGACGGUAACGAUGAAGACGAUGACGGGGAAGACGAAAGUCACGAAGGCCAGAGCAGCCAAAGAAGCAAACCAAACAACAAUAACAACAAGAAUAAAAAAAGAAAGAGAACCAAAAACCCCAAUGAAAUAUCAACCAAAUCUUUCAUUGGUGCGCAUUUGAGAAAGCAGCUUUCUUUUGAUUUGUGGUUUUUAUUUUUGGGGUUAUUCAUCAUCUGCAUUUGUGAAGGAGACAAGAUAAAGGACGUGCAGGAACCAAACUUCAACGUAUUCGCAAUUCUUUUUGAAAUUGUUAGUGCUUAUGGUACAGUUGGGCUAUCGUUGGGUUAUCCAAACACAAAUCAAUCAUUCUCAAGACAACUGACUACAUUAUCCAAGUUAGUCAUUAUAGCAAUGUUGAUUAGGGGUAAGAAUAGAGGUCUUCCAUAUUCUUUGGAUCGUGCAAUCAUAUUGCCCAGUGAUAGACUUGAACAUAUUGACCACCUUGAAGGCAUGAAACUGGAGAGACAGGCCAGGACCAAUACGGAAGACCCGAUGACGGAACAUUUCAAGAGAAGCUUCACUGAUGCGAAACAUCGUUGGGGGGCACUUAGACGCAAGACUACCCAUUCCCGCAGCUCGAAAAGAAGCAACACAACCGUUUAA